AAAUUAUACGCUAUGAUAUUAACUGUGGGAUAAACUGUGUUGUUAUGGGAGGUAUGAUGCAUAAUAGUAUCAUAGAAAUCGGUUUGGGGGCUUGUCAGGGCCUGUUUUUGUGAAUUGAGGUUAGAAUAACCUCUCAAGAUGCAAAGAGAGGAGAAGCAACAAGACGCAGCAUUAGAAGCAAUAAUUAUGCGUGUUAACGAUCUUAAGAAUUCAAUUGGAUCAAUGCUUGUUAAACUCGAGCAUGAAUAUGAGACUUUAAAUUGGCCAACAUUUCUUGAUAAUUUUGCCUUGAUGUCAGGACAUCUGACAACAUUAUCCAAGAUGUUGAGUCAUGACAAGUCACCACCUUUGCGCAAUUUGACGGUUUUGCCACUCUUACUGAGUCCUGAUAGGGAUGAAGAAUUACUUCGACUCACAGAAGGACGUGUUCCUACAUUUUCUCAUGAUCUUGUCCCUGACUAUCUCCGCACAAAACCUGAACCUGAUGUAGAACGUCAAAUGAUUCAAAUGGAGCAUAAGGCAGCCAACCUUGCAUAUGAGUCAGCUCAAAAACAGGUAACAGCAUACAGCAAAGUUGUAAGUCAUGUGUGGGAUAUUGUGAGCAAGGCUCGCGAAGAGUGGGAGACUGAGUCUGGGUCUAGAUCGGGAGGAGCUCAGACGUCAUCAGUGUCAGACACACAUGUACUAGUGGCAGCAGUUGGAAUGGGGAAGGGGCUCAAGCCCAUGGUGCAGCAGCCUGUUUCAUCAGGUCCACAAGGGAUGAUGGUAGCUCCAGUUGGUCGCCCUGGUGCUGGUGGCCCACAGCAGCCUGGAAGUGGUCCUAUGAACCCAAAUCAACCUGGCCAAAUGGGACCAAUGGGCAAAGCACCAAGUGCAAUCAAAACCAACAUCAAGGCUGCAUCACAAAUCCAUCCUUAUGGAAGAUGAAUUGAUAAACUAUAUAUGAACUGCAGCAUAUGGACAAUAGACUUUGAUCAAAUGCAAGUGACCAUGUACUUGUAGCCCUGUUCAUUAGAUUCUCUCCUUUCUUAAACUUGGUGUCCAUCAUCAUGAGGGAGGAAUCUUUGUCUUUGCAAAGUGAUAUGAUUAUCCUGUCAGAUUGCUGGCUAUAAGAUGUGUUUUUAGAUAAGAUACUGUCCUUACAAGCAAGCUUCUCUGCAGACUGUAUCCUCCAUAUACAGAAAGGAUUAUCCCUGCAGAAUGGCAUGAAGAGCACUUCAUGACAUACUUAGCCUUAAGAUAGCAGAUUGGUCUUGCAUCAGAACUUCAUAGACUAAUGUACUGAUAUGGAGCUGGAACAUGUUCAUGAGUUAUGUCCAAAUAUAACUAAAAUUGUGUAAUUUAUAGUGUUAGCAGUUUGUUUGCUUAUUUUUAUAUUUUUAAAUAAAGGUAUAUAGUUCAUUUGUUCAAAAA